CUUACUUUGCAAGAGUCCAUGGUAUUUAUAUCAACAUUGAGUGGUUCAUUUUAUGCAAUUGGUAAACACAGUGGGAAAAAUUUGUGGACGCUAAAAGAAGAUCCUGUGAUAAAGGUUCCUCUUGAUUUGACGUCUGGACCAAAUUUUCUGCCUGAUCCAAAAGAUGGAAGUUUAUAUGCUAUAAGUUCUGGUUUAGAAGGAAUUAAAAAAUUGCCAUUUACUAUACCUGAGUUAGUGACAGCCUCACCAUGUAGAAGUACAGAAGGUAUAUUAUAUACUGGUCAUAAAAGAGAUGUAUGGAUAGCUAUAGAUUUGUUAACUGGAAGUAAGUUGCAAACAUUGACUAUGGAAGGCUCAGCCAAAGUUUGUCCAUCUUCAAGUGAACAUAUACUGUAUAUUGGUAGAACAGAAUAUUCUAUAAUGAUGUUUGAUAGUAAAACAGGAGUUAAAAGAUGGAAUGCUACGUUUAUGGAUUAUAGUUCUCAUGUAGCUCCCGAUCCUACAGAAUAUAAUCUGCGUCAUUUUGUUGGAAGUUCCAAUGGACAAGCAGUAACAUUAGAUAAUGAAUCAGGUGAAAUUCUGUGGUCUCGACAGUUUGAUUCACCAAUAGUAGCCAUGUAUAAAUUACAUCAAGAUGGUUUACAAAAGAUACCAUUUCUUAGUUUUGCUCCUGAAACACUAGAUCAUUUAACUGGCCAAUUAUCAUCAAAUGUCUGGAGAACCAGGUUUUUAAAUCAGGGAAAACAUCAGUUAUUUUAUCCUACUUUAUAUGUUGGAGAAUAUGAACAUGGACCAUAUGCCUUGGCUUCUAUGGUAGAUGAAAGAACAGUUACUAUAUCACCAAGAAACUUUGGACCAUUAUUGAUAGAGGGACCACCUAAUCCUACAGAUCAUGCUCAAAUCAACAUAGAUCAUUCCAAACAAACUCAUGAAGAAAGAAUCACAGCAUCAACAAUUAGAAGGGGUUCCCCUUUUCUCAUGAUUGGUAAGCUAAAUACUUUUUUUUUUCUUUGGGUCAACAUUGUGAUACUGUUAUUUUUGUGUUAUCAUGAAGUCCCUGAUGUAUCUAUCUCAAGAAUAUCACCAGCUUUUCACAUAACUGAUAGAACUAGUAAUACUCAUAAUGUUAUAUCUGUGGAUAAAAAUCAUAAUUCUGAUAGAAAUAAUAAUCAAACUAAAGAUGAUGGUGGUUUAUCAUGGUUUUCAAUAUCUGAUAUCAAAUUUAUUACAACUGUAUCGUUGUUGAUAGGAACUUUCAUUGCUGUAGUUUACUACUUUCCUAGAGUAAAAAUUUAUUUAAAUUGUCAUUUAAUGAUUUUUCAAAAAGAUUUGUUUUUCCUGCAGAAAACAGAAGAGUCAAUCAAGUUAAUGUUAAAAAAACAAAUGGAAGAACACAGAUUGGAGCAAGCAGCACAAAAAUCACUUCCAACACCUAAUAAAACAAUUUCUCAACAAGAUAUUCCAAAUGGCCAUAUUCAAGUUGGUAAAAUUCUUUUUGAUCCUAAAAAUGUCUUAGGUCAUGGUUGUGAAGGAACAUUUGUUUAUCAAGGUAAAUUUGAUAAUCGGGAUGUAGCUGUAAAAAGAUUGUUACCAGAAUGUUUUAGUUUUGCUGAUAGAGAAGUAGAAUUAUUGAGAGAAUCUGAUCAACAUUCAAAUGUUAUUAGAUAUUUUUGUAUGGAAGCUGACAGCCAGUUUCGUUAUAUAGCAUUAGAAUUGUGUGCAGCUACUAUACAAGUUUAUGUUGAGAAGAAAUCUCCUUAUGAAAAUUUAGAUUGUAAAACACUGUUGUUUCAAGCUAUGUCUGGGUUAGCUCAUCUUCAUUCAUUAGAUAUAGUACACAGAGAUAUAAAACCACAGAAUGUGUUAUUAUCUUAUCCUAAUUCUAAAGGAGAAGUGAGAGCUAUGAUAUCAGAUUUUGGUUUAUGUAAAAAACUAGCAGCAGGUCGUAUGUCAUUUUCACAACGAUCUGGUGCAGCAGGUACAGAAGGAUGGAUUGCUCCUGAAAUGUUAGAUGAAGAUCAGAGAACGACGUGUGCUGUUGAUAUAUUUUCUGCUGGCUGUGUGAUAUAUUAUGUUAUGUCUGGUGGUAAACAUCCGUUUGGUGAAAGUUUAAGACGUCAAGCUAAUAUAUUAGGUGGUGAAUCAUCUCUUGUACAUAUUCAUGGCGAUGAUUAUGUUGUAUUAAGAUCAGUGGUUGAAUCUAUGAUAAAAUUUAACCCUGAUGAAAGACCAAGUGCUAAAGCUGUAUUAAAACAUCCAUUUUUCUGGAGUAGAGAAAAACAACUGAUGUUUUUUCAGGAUGUAAGUGAUAGAAUAGAAAAAGAAACAGAAGAUAAUCUGGUGGUACAAAGGUUAGAAACAGAUGCAUAUAUGAUAGUUAAAUAUGAUUGGAGGAAAAAUAUUGGUCCAGAACUACAAGAAGAUCUGAGGAAAUUCCGUAGUUAUAAAGGAAAAUCAGUUCGUGAUUUAUUGAGGGCCAUGAGAAAUAAGAAACAUCAUUAUAGAGAAUUACCAGAACCAGUUAAAUUAUCUUUAGGAUCAGUUCCAGAUCAAUUUGUGUAUUAUUUUACUUCACGUUUUCCACACCUAUUAAUGCAUUCUUAUGAAGCUAUAAGAUGCUGUGAAAAUGAAAGACUAUUUCAAGCGUAUUAUGACAGUGAACACACGUAG